AUGUUUUUCAGUGAAGUUUUGAGGUCUUCUGCUCGCGCUGCCCCUAUCAAGAGAUACACGGGUGGUAGAGUAGGUGAAUCCUGGGUAAUCACGGAAGGUAGAAGACUCAUUCCAGAAGUAUUUCAAUGGAGUGCUACCUUAAGUAUUUGUUUAGGUUGGCCUAGUGCUGUAUACUUUUUUAGUAAGGCAAGAAAAGAUUGA